GCGGGGCGGCCAUGACUUGGCGUGUGCGCACACGCCCGAGCGCUCCGCGGUUCGCCACUCUUUAGGGUGUGGUUGAAAAGAAAUGUGGCCCGGGACUUGACGUACCACGAGGCUUUUCUGUGUGGACAACUGGUCACUGUCAGCUCACCGUCGCUUGCUUCUUUUGUGCUCAGGACAGGUCAGGUGACCCGGACCGGGGGGUGGUAGACCGCAGCCGCCUGCAGGGGGGCGGGGCAUGUGUCCGGCCGAGGACGGCGUGGUGGUGAGGCCUUGACCACAGAAAAUUCCCCCACGACCGCCAUUUUGUCCCGAGUCAGUCCUUGAAAAACAUGUCCGUUGAUCUGCAGUUGCAUCAUGGGAAACGUGGAGAGUCUGAAUGGCGAGAGCGGCUCCACGGGGCACCUGUCCCGUAAACACACGACCCGCUCCCUCCGCCUGUCCGGCAAGCAGCCCGUCACACGCCGCGCCCGCCAGUCCUCGUCCGCCAAACAGGAGCACCGCCACUCUGAGGCGUCCACGCGCUCCUCCAGCACACCCAGCAUCCCUCAGUCGCUGGCCGAGAGCGGCGCCGAGCCCUUCGACGCCGCCGACGGCCUGGCGGACUUCGCCGUCAGCCCCCACUGGACGCAGCGCGUCGCCAUGACGAUGAGGCCCGAGUCCUUCCAGCAGGACGACGACGAGGCCGUGGCCACGCCCACGCCGGAGACGUCCGAGGCGGACACCCUGGGCCGGGACUACGGCGAGGACUCGGCGGGGGAGAAGGACUGUUUCAAGAAGAAGCGCUCCAAGUCGGCCGACAUGUGGCGGGAGGACAGCCUGGAGUUUUCUCUGUCGGACCUGAGCCAGGAACACAUGACCAGCACCGAGGAGAUGGUGGACGGCGGCGAGGAGGAGGAGGAGGAGGAGGAGCAGUUCCCUCGGCCCCGACCCUCCGCAGGUGCGGCGGAGAGGGCCUCGUCCUUGGACCACCUGUGCAGCCAUCACAGUCCAGGCCUCAGGGGCCAAAAGGGCCGCCACACCAAGGGCCGCAGGGACGACGCCAGCGCCGAGGUGGUGGUGAUGUCCCCGGGCGAGGAGGACGUCGGUGCCGCCUACGGAGCUUUCACCCUCCCCUGCCGGCGCUCACACUGCCUCUCCGAGGGCCGGCAGGGGGCCAGAGGCGCCUGCACACCCGCACCGUGUCCCGUCUUCCAGGGACGCCGCGCACAAACCACUCAGGACAUCUCGUCGGUGGUGGGCUCGGGCAGCGAGUACGGUGACAGUGGCAUCGAUGGCGUGGCGGCCGAGGCGGACGGAGACGGCGAGCUGUUGUCACGGCGAUGCAAGACCAUGUCAGCAUCCUUCUCCGUGUACUCUACCACAGAGAGCAUGCUCUUCAACGGCAGCGACAGUGGUAGCAGCAGCGCCGGCUGGGCGGAGGGACGCGGAGGUGGUGGUGGAGGUGGAGGUGGAGGUGGUGGCGUCUACGAGAACUUCCGCAAAGAGCUGGACAAUCAAGUCUGGGUCAGUCACGGCACUCACGCCCAUCGAGGCUGCUCGGAGGAGGCGGGCUCAGCAGCGAGCGACGAGCAGAGCAGCGGCACGCUCAGCAGCGCCUACCCGUCGGACUGUGCGACGGGCUGCGCCCAGGGCACGGUCAGGAAGGCGGGCGCGCUGGCCGUGAAGAACUUCUUGGUCCACAAGAAGAACAAGAAGGUGGAACCCGCCACCAGGCGCAAGUGGAAACACUACUGGGUCUCUCUGAAAGGCUGCACUCUGUUCCUGUAUGAGUCCGACGGCCGCUCUGGGAUCGACAACAACAGCGUUCCCAAACACGCUCUGUGGGCCGAGAACAGCAUCGUGCAGGCGGUGCCGGAACACCCCAAGAAGGAUUUUGUCUUCUGCCUCAGCAACUCUGCAGGAGACGCCUUCCUCUUCCAGACGUCGGGCCAGACAGAACUGGAGAACUGGAUCACGGCCAUCCACUCGGCGUGCGCGGCCGCCCUGGCCCGCCAGCACCACCGGGAGGACACGGUGCGCCUGCUUCGCACCGAAGUCCGCAAGCUGGAGCAGAGGAUCGACAUGGACGAGAAGAUGAAGAAGAUGGGGGACAUGCAGCUCUCCACCGUCACCGACGCCAGGAAGAGGAAGACCAUCCUGGAGCAGAUCUUCCUGUGGGAGCAGAACCUGGAGAGGCUCCACAUGGACUUGUUCCGCUGCCGCUGUUACCUGGCCAGCCUGCAGGGCGGCGAGCCUCCCAACCCCAAACGCCUGCUGGGCUUCGCCUCGCGUCCCACCAAGCUGGUCAUGGGUCGGCUGGGAAUCUUCUCCGUGUCCUCCUUCCACGCGCUGGUGUCUGCCCGCACGGAGAGCAGCGUGAAGAGGCGGAGUCAGGCGGUCCAUCGCACCUUCAGCAAGCGUCGCAGCCGCUUCUCCUCCCUGUGGGGUCUGGACACCGCCGCACGCAGGAAGUCCAAGGGACACCCCUCCAUCAGCCAGGUGUUUGUUGACGGGGGAGAGACGCCCAAGCCGCCCGUAGAGCAGACCUUUGAAGACUCGGCCAGCGAGAAAUCUAAGGACAGGGAGAGCUCGGUGAAAAGUCUUCCCCAGCUGACCCCAGACAACGACAUCUGGGUCCCGGAGAACCUGGCGCCCUCCUGGGUGUGCCUGCCCAACGACCAGCCCGUCCUGGCCGUGGUGCAGCCCGGAGACACGGCGCUGGAGGUCCUGAGUGCCGUGUGCAAGAAACACAACCUGGAGGUGUCUGCUCACUACCUGCGUGUGAAGGUGGGCGAGGACGACCACGCUCUGCUCUACGUGCCCCAACCUGAGGAGGACGUCUAUGACGUGAUCUACAAGGAGAUGGAGAUCUGCUCCAAGCCCACCAAGGUGAUCCAGUUCGACAGAGCCGAGUCCUGCAGCCUGGGAUACGGUUUCUGCGUGGCGGUGGUGGACGAGGACGGCACACAGCAGCUCCACAUCACUGAAGUCAAAGCAGAAGGACUGGCGUCGGUCAAAGGUUUGAGUGCGGGCGAUGAGAUCCUGCUGCUGAACGGCAAGCCCGCCUGCGCCCUCCAAAUGGACGACAUGAGGGCGGCGUUCGCUCGCCAGGCUUUGACCCUGAGCGUGGCCUCCUUGCCCCACCUGGACCCCCGCCUGCUGUGCUCGCUGCCCCCGCCCCGCCACUCCGACGCCCAGCCCGGCCUCACCACGGACAUCUUCUCUCAGAGCCAAGAGGACAUCCUGGACGAGGUGUCGGGCCUGACGCUGGACGACAGUCUGGACCGAGGACCCCCGCCGAGCCCCGGAGAUCAGCACGGAGACUUUGCCGGGGCGGGACCCAAGGAGCAGGUGGCCACCUUCUGCCUCCAUGACGCCGCCGAGUGCCAGAUGUCCUCGUCCUCGUCCUCCUCGUCCCUCUCACCCAGCCCCGUGUCGGCACUACCACCCUGCGGGGGCACGGCGGCUCAGAGGCAGCUGUCCCACGCCGACAAGCUGCGCAAGGUCAUCAACGAGCUGGUGGAGACGGAGAAGACUUACGUGAAGGACCUGAGUUGCCUCAUCGAGUGCUACUUGACACCGCUGCAGAAGGAGAACUUCCUGACUCAGGAUGAGCUGGACGUUCUGUUCGGUAACCUGGGAGAGAUGGUGGACUUCCAGCUGGAGUUCCUGCGGACUCUGGAGGACGGCAUCAGACUGGUGCCAGACCUGGACCGCCUGGAGAGGGUGGAGCAGUUUAAGAAAGUUCUCUUCUCCCUGGGCGGGUCUUUCCUUUACUACGCCGACCGCUUCAAGAUCUACAGCGCCUUCUGUGCCAGCCACACCAAGGUGCCCAAAGUCCUGGCCAAGGCCAAAAGUGAUCCAGACUUCAAGGCCUUCCUGGAGGAGAGAAACCCCAGACGCCAGCACUCGUCCACGCUGGAGUCCUACCUGAUCAAACCCAUCCAGCGGGUCCUCAAGUACCCUCUACUCCUCAGGGAGCUCUUCUCGCUCACACACCCGGACAGCGACGAGCAUUACCACCUGGACGUGGCCAUGACGGCCAUGAACAAAGUGGCCAGUCACAUCAACGACAUGCAGAAAGUUCACGAGGAGUUCGGCGCCGUCUUUGACCAGCUCAUCAACGACCAGACCUCGGACAAGAAGGUGGCCGACCUCUCCAUGGGAGACCUGCUGCUGCACUCCAGUGUGGUGUGGCUCAACCCGCCUGCUGCUCUGGCCAAGAGCAAGAAAGACCCCGACUUGGCUGCUUUUGUCUUCAAAGCAGCGCUGGUGUUGGUGUACAAAGACUCCUCCAAGCACCGCAAGAGAGGUGGAUCUCACCGAGCGUCGGUGAGCGACGACAAGGAUCCCAUCCGCUUCCGCCACAUGAUCGCCACCGACUCCCUGCAAGUCCGCGCCUUAGCGAACUCCGAAGACUCGUCCGUGUGUGAGAUCCUGCACACCAGGUCAGAAUCCGAGGGAAGACCUGAACGAGCUUUCCAGUUGUGCUGCAGUUCCCCAGAGAGCAAGAAGGAGCUGCUGAAGGCGGUCCACUGCGUCCUGAGGGAGAAACAACGCCGGCAGCUCCUGAAGAGCCAGUCUCUGCCUCUCAGCCAGCAGUACGUCCCCUUUGGGGGCAAGAGGCUCUGCGCCCUGAAGGGGUCUCGGCCCGCCAUUAACAGAGCAGCGUCCGCUCCUUCGCGCACGUUACCCCGCAGGAAGUUGGUCCGCAAGCGCCUCACCAUCGACACGGACUUGGCCUUCCACGGCAACAACAACGCCGCCGCCGACUGUGACUCCGCCCACCAGACUUCCCAGCAUGCACCUGCGCACGCCAACGACACGGACCGCUGGGUGGAGGAGCAGUUUGACCACCAGCAGCACGGCGCCAUCACGGUGAAGGAGACGGACAUCCUCAGUGACGACGACGACUACUGCAAGUCCGUCAGGGCGGCGGCGCUCCGACCUCAGGACCUGCACCUGCGUCUGGACGCCAUGGAGAUAGACGGCGGGGAGGGGCGGAGCCGGGACCCCAAUGGACAAGGGCAGACGGGAGGCGGGGUCACGCAGGACGACGCCCCCGAGCGACUGGCUCGCUGCGCCACGCCCACCCUGAAGGUGGCGCCACUCAAAGCUUGUGCGGCCGAGGGCGUCGCCAACCAGGACCAGCACGCCGUGGUGUGGGUGCGCAGGGACGACAUCUUCUGACGCGCGUGUGUGUGUGUCUCUGUGUGUGUGUGUGUGUGUGUCUCUGUGUGUGUGUGUGUGUGUGUGUGUGUGUGUGUCUCUGUGUGUGUGUGUGUGUGUGUGUGUGUGUGUGUGUGUGUGUGUGUGUGUGUGUGUGUGUGUCGCGUACAGCACACACUGGCCAGUUGAUUAGGUACACCUGCGAGGCUCCACUCCGUCCCUCCGUGAGGACCACGGUGAUGCGUUCAAGUUCACCCCGUUCAUUCGGACUCGUGCGAGAUGGCGCGCGGGGGUCAAAGGUCACGUGCCGCACGCCGUCUGAAGUCAAAGUUCAUCGCCGGGAUCGCUUCAACCUUUUUUUGUUUGUUGGAGUCGCGGCGCCGUAAAGAAGUGAUGUCAUGGCCAAAAUAUUAGGAACGUCACGUCUGUUUUUUUUGUCAAUCAUUCCCGACUAAAUGCCUUUUUUCAAAUCAUUUUCAAGAAUCAUACCCGACUAAAUGUCUUUUUUCAAAUCAUUGUCAUUUUAAAGAAUAUCAUACCCGACUAAAUGUCUUUUUUCAAAUCAAAUGUCAUUUUCAAGAAUAUCAUACCCGACUAAAUGUCUUUUUUUCAAAUCAAAUGUCAUUUUCAAGAAUCAUACCCGACUAAAUGUCUUUUUUCAAAUCAAAUGUCAUUUUCAAGAAUCAUACCCGACUAAAUGUCUUUUUUCAAAUCAUUGUCAUUUUAAAGAAUAUCAUACCCGACUAAAUGUCUUUUUUCAAAUCAAAUGUCAUUUUCAAGAAUCAUACCCGACUAAAUGUCUUUUUUCAGAUCAAAUGUCAUUUUCAAGAAUCAUACCCGACUAAAUGUCUUUUUUUUUUAAUUACACUCAACAAAAUGUUUUUUAUAUACUAUACCCGACCAAAUGUUAUUUUAAAAAAUCAUACCUGACUAAAAUUUUUUUUAUUUUUUUUUAUUAUUAUACUGGACUAAAUGUCUUUUUUUUUAAACUACUCGACCAAAUGUUAUUUUGAAAAAUCAUACCCGACUAAAUGUCUUGGAAAAAAACAUACCCAACUAAAUGUAUUUUUUUAAAAUUACACUCAACGAAAUGUAUUUUAUACAUCAUACCCGACCAAAUGUCAUUUUCAAGAAUCAUACCCGACUAAAUGUCUUUUUUUCAAAUCAAAUGUCAUUUUCAAGAAUCAUACCCGACUAAAUGUCUUUUUUUAAAAUUACACUCAACAAAAUGUCUUUUAUUUUCUAUACCCG